GUAUUUUAAUUUUAAACUAUUAACAAAUUAUCGAUUUUGAUAAAAUUAUACACUUUAUUCACAAAAAUAGUACUUACGAUAUUAAGUAACAUUAAAAAGAUAAUCACAGCAGUAUGUCAAAACGUAUUAGAUUACUUGCUAUGAAGAACAAAUCAAAAACAAGUAAUGGAAAAGAUAGCGAUGAAAACAAAAAAGAGGUAUUUACAGCACGGGGUCGUCUUAAAGGUGCCUUGAUGGAGGUUCUUGGAGAUGAAUCUGAUGGUUCAACAGGUAGUCCUGUUAAGCGAAGAAGGCAAAGUAGCUAUGAACAACAGAGAGAUUAUUCAUCAGAAGAUGAUGAGAAACCAAAGAGGAAACAGUCUCCGGUGCGUCAGUCUUAUGUGUUGAAACUUUUUGACAGGAGUGUUGACUUGUCACAGUUCAGUGAAGACUCUCCACUGUAUCCUAUCUGUAGAGCAUGGAUUGCAAAUCAACCAAAGGCGGAUUAUAGUGAAUUUGGAAAAAGAAUUCCAGAACCAGAUCUAUUAGAAGAUAGUGUAGAGCUACCAGGACCCGAGGGACCUCCCGUGUCCAGAAUACCAGAUCUUACACCAGAACAGAAGCUGUGCGACAAAAACAAAAUCAAUUUAAACUAUCGUGAAGCUCCACCACCGAGUAGGGAGAAACUUCUAGAGGAAUACUCAAGGCGCUGGAAUGGAAUACGACUGGCGUGGCUUGCUCAGGGUGCUAAAGUAGAGGCACGGUAUGCUGAGACACAGCGUGUACUCAAUAACAUUAAUGUCAAUGCCCUAUAAUGUGUAUUAUAUAUAUUGCUUGUAAGGAAUAUUAAAAAGCUGCAGAAUACAAGCACACAAAUAACAGGAGAGUUAUAAGUACAUUAUAAAAUCUAACUUAUAAUAUUAUAAAUGCGAAAGUUUGGAUCGAUGUUUUAUAGA